AUGGUGAGAUUGAUAUUGGACAAGGGCGAGCUGCAAGUGUCAGAAAAGGAACGUCACGUGCAACUGGAGUCUUCGUUUAAGGACAUCGCAACGACGGUCGCUGACAUGUGCUUAAACCCUGAAACUAAGCUACCAUAUCCGGUGAGCGUAAUUGAAAAGGCGCUGCACGAUAUCCACUUUUCCGUCAAGCCGAAUCGAACCGGUAAACAACAGGCACUGGAGGUUAUUCCGAAGUUACAGGAGACGAUGGCACUGGAACGAGCCAAAAUGUCCAUCCGCAUUUUCGUUCCUUCGCACAGUGCCAAAACUCUUAAGGAGAAGCUCGAUUUCCUGAACCCCGUGGACCAGGAAAGAUGGGAUCAGGGCAAUUUAGAGAUGGUAACCUAA